GUACUGAGCGCAGAGUGUCGCAGGUCCAAGGACUCAGUCAUCGCGUAGCCGCCGAGUGUGACGGACCGACGCCGCUUGGUGGCCGAUUUAAAGCGACUCUUGGUGCGAGAAGUGCAUUCAAUUAAAAUAAAAUGUAAUUAGGAACCCUCUCCUCUCCGCCUCUCUUAAUCAAAUGCAAACAUCGGGAAGUGAGCCGCGUAGACAAAAAGAUUGCCAUUAAAGCGCCUGCGAAAAAUUUAAGCAUUCAUCAUCGAAUGCAGUCGAAACUCAAUCAAGUUGAACGGAAAUCGUCGCAAAUUAAACGUAAAUUAAAUAUCACCCGGCCACGCGACACUCGGACCCAUUUUAUUAGAAGUUAUGGCUGCCAACCUUUGCCAGCUUUGUUUCAUCGAUCAAUGUGUGCGACAGUCACGUGGGUGUGCGGAUUGGGUUCCGGACUGGGAUGGGGAUUGGGGAUGGGGAGUGGGAUAGCCGCUGUCGUGGCGCUAAUUUCUCACACUUCAAACGCGGUCGGGACUGGCAAUGAAUUUCCGUUCCAGACUCCUGCGGAUGCUUUCGUUUGCUUUGGUUUUGCUUUGCUUUUCCAGCCACUAUAAUGCCAACUCCCCGAUUUCCCACUGACGCUCCUCACUUCCGAACCACCACACCCGCUCCAGUGCUCCUGCUAUUUGGAUAGCUAAGCCUCUGCAGUGCCACAGAUUAAAUAGAUUGACGGUGCAUAUUCCCCGCCCGUUGGGUAAACACGAGCACAAGCACCUGGACCGGGAGAGGGAGUCCAUUGGGGUGGGCCUCCUCCGCCUUCACUUCUUUAUGAUUAGUUAAUGGGAUUCAAUUUCAUUCGAAAUCGGCCGCCACAGAACGUGGCAGCUUUCUUUCGCAUAUUACGUAAGGAAACUUUCUGAGGGAAACACUUGUUGGGUCUUUCUCGGCUAACCAGGCACGUAGCUCCGGCGAGGGAAGUACCAAGUUGGGAGAGUUGGGCGGCGCAAGUUGGGAGGACAGGAUGAAGGGCGGGGAAAGUGAAUCACAGUGGCGCCAUUAGGAGACCGUGAAAUAAAUUCAAUAUAAGCGGGGCCUAAUGGCGGUAGUUGAGUUCCAUUUACAUUCAGCCUCCACAAAUUGGCAUGGCUGCGAAAAUCGUUGCGUACUUAAGAGCACCCACUUUCAGCAGGCGCAGCAUCGGCAGCGUGAAUGCAUCAUUUCACCUCCACCCUCGAGUGGCAACAUGAAAAGGUACAAGUGUGCAUUCUAAAAAUAACAAACAACUCGAGUGCGAUAAAAACAGCAGUUGCUACCAAGGUAUAAAGUGCUAGCGUAAACACAGCCGGAGAAGAAACGACAAAAGCAUCUGAGCCACCUAAAACGGCGAACAAACAGCGGCGACGGUGGUCCUGCGAAAUCCUUGUUGUGUCGGUGUUCGGUGUGUGUGUUAGUGUGUGUGGGCCAAAGGAGCCGAGAAAAAAGUCAGAGCAAAAAUGUGCAAGUAAUGUGCAGGAAGUAAAGUGCAAUGCCAUCCGUGAAAUCCGCCGAAAGUGAGAUUCUUCUUGGGAUUAUAAGGAGCGACAGUAUGACGAGCGGCAAUACCCUGAGGUCCUGCCUCCUGCUGGCCACCAUCCUGGGAUUAUUCUGCCGAAGCAAGGCUUUGCCCUUCGAGUAUGUAGAUGAGCACGAUGACUUCAACUACGACCUGGACACGGCGCAGUCCCAGGCCAAGUACGACGCCCGUCUGCUCUCGCAGCAGAUGCUCAGCGAUGCGGAGCUGAGCUAUAACGCCCAGCACAACGCCCUGGAUGGCGACUCCCCGGCAGCUCAGGGGACUGGAGCUGGAUCCCACUUGGAUGCGGUCUCCUCUGCCCAGGAGGACCUGGAGCCGCACAGCAGGGCAGCGGCGUGCUUCACCAACGGGCACAAGUACACACACGGACAGAAGGUUCCGCGCCUGGAUGCCUGCGAGGUGUGUCUCUGCAUGGACGGCGAGAUCUUCUGCUGGUGGGAGAAGUGCGAUAAGGCCAAUGUACACAAGGCGAGGAAGGCGGGUGACAGCGUAGGACUUGGACUUGGUGUUGGAGACGACGAUGACGGUGAUGGCGACGGCGACGGCGAUGGUAAUGGCGAUGGCGAUGGUGACUAUUCAGAUCCAUAUGGCAACGAGAGCACAACGGGAAAGUCAACAAAAGUGCAUAAAGCGGCGAGGAAAGUUGGCAAGCGGCAUAAACAUCACAAGAAUCAAAAGAAUUUUAAUGACUACGAAGUUUACCACAGCCAGCGAGGGAAGCAGCUACAGCAGAAGCAGCAGCCGGAUUAUAAAAAGUCCGCCAUAAUGCAGCAGCUCCAGAUCCAGCAAAAACACAAGAGCGACAAGAGCGGUGCUGGCAACUACAAUAUAAUCAAGCAACACAAACACCAGCAGCAGCAGCAGCAGCAGCAGCUCAAAAUACCGCAGCAGCUACAUCAGCAACAGCAGCAACAGAAUGUGGCGGCGGCUUUGGGUGUUAAUCACGCAGCAAAGGCAACGCAUUAUCAGCAGGCAGCUUCGACGGUCCUGCCACCGCCCCAAUCCCCGCCUCAGUUGCCGCACCCGCACCCGCAGCACAGCCACCACCCACACCAACAGCCGCAUUCGUCCAGCAAAAUCCUGAACUUUCCCGAGAACCUGCCAUCCCUGCUCUACUACGACUACAAGACGGAGGAGCACGAGCACCACCAGCACCAGCACCACCAGCAGCACUUGCUGCACGAAAAACAGCGCUUGCUGCAACAGCAGCAACAGCAGCUGCAGCAAGAGGCGUUAGCUCGACAAAGGGCAUCUGAGUCCUCAUCUGUGCCCGAAUCGCGAGCUGGAGGCACCGUGGGACCCAGCGGAGACUUGGCCGCUGAUAAAAACUCUGAUGAGGCGGAAACCGACAGCGAUAUUCUGCCAGAGCCGCCCACAAAGCAGCCCAAGGCAGCUGCCACACAAUGGCCAACUCCAGCUCCAACUGGCAGCAACUCGGCCAGGGCGUUGAUGACGGGCAUGGUGGCAUCCACACCCACGGCUGCAACAACGACAGCGACAAAGACAUCGAAAACGAAAACGACAAUGACAACGGCAACUGGAAGGACGACGACGACGACAACGGCGACAGGCACAAAUGAAAUGGUGACAAGCACGCUGUCUGGAAUGGAGAAGUCCGGGGCCACAGUUGCAGACACAGAUCUUGGGCAGAUGCAACCCGAUCGCCGUGGACCAGACGCGGAGCGCGACGACGCCUUCCACCGAUGGCUGACAUCCACCGAGCUGAAUGCAGACAACACAAACUCAAUGGACGACAGCCUGGAGCGGGAAACGCCGGCAUCGACAAUAAUCGAUGAUGUUGGCACGGCCAACAAGAGUGACAGGAGCAUCGGUGGCAUCGGCAAAGACAAUGGGAACGACGCCGUCUUCUUUCGCAGCUCGUACAACGAUUACAGCAGCGAAUUCAAUGGGAGCGUUGUCAAUAUUGACAUUACACUAACUGCAGUUGAUGUGCAUCCUCGUCGCCAAACGGAUUUAAUUGCAAAUGGCAACAAAACGUCAGGCGCUAACGACAAUGGCAACGGCAGCAGCAGCAAAAACUAUAGCCACGUUGCAGCAGCAGGGACAACAAUGAACCCACAGGCAGCCAGCAGCAUCAGCAGCAUCAGCAGCAGCAGCAUCAGCAGCAGCAUCAGCAGCAGCAUCAGCAGCAGCAUCAGCAGCACCAGGAGCAGCAGCAAUCAGGAUCAGCCCCAGCAGAGCUCUGUUGUUCCGCCGUACACCCUGACAACGAUUAUAACAACUGCGCCGCUGGCACCAGGGCGUAUGUGCAAUGUUCUGGGCAAACUGUAUAAAAUUGGAGACAUUCUGCCGCAGGACACGGGUAACUGCCUGCAGUGCAUCUGCACGGAUGCCGUGACUCCCGACGAGAUGCCGAGCGUCACCUGUAGUCCGCACAAUUGCCCACCGCUGGUUCUUCCGGAUCUGUUCGAUGCGACUGGUUACUGAGGUUACGGGCUUGUGCUGUAGGUUGCAACGACGGGCGGGUCGUGAGUCAGGUGGCAAGUGGCAGGUGGCAGGUGGCAGGUGGCACGCCCCUGCGGCAUGAGCUGUGUGCUGUUUUUGAAUGGAUCGAAUCGUGAUUUAAAUUUUGAAACCGAAAGCCACAACUGCAACCAGCCAAUGGAAUCGAAACGAACAAAUUGAAUCGAAUCGAAUCGAAUCGAUUCACACUCACAACAACUGCACUACAGAACUCACACUCGAAUUUGAUGUCACGGUCUAGGUCUCAACUAACUCAACUCAAUAUGAAUUGUAUGGAUUUCAGUGUAAAGCCCUCCCUAUCAGAAGUGCCCCGAGCACUCUCUAAAACGAAACCUAUCAGCAGACAUAUAUUAUAUUCGUACCAAGCUAUAUAGAAUCGAUCCAAGCCGACCAUAGGGGAGAGAAGGGAGAGGAGAAGGAUAUAGCGGUUGGUUGACAGUCUAGAAUUUAAGCUGACUGUUUAUGCAUUUUUUUAGAAUCCGUAUUCAUCUCUCUCCGCAACAAGAAUCCAUUAAAGUAUACAGCAGUAGCAAUCGUAAAGAAUUUAUAGAUGUACCAAACAGAAGUAUAUAUACAAGCAUAUAUGUAUCUACUCUAUGGCCAUAUCUAAACCUAUACCUGGAUGUAGCGAGUUCGGUGGGAUCAGUUUAAUUACUUAGAUUAUUUCCCGAUUGAGAGGAAACCGUGUAGAGCUUUCAGUGUAUUUAACAAAGGAGAAACCCAAGCGAAACGAGUACUUAUACAAAUAUAGGCAACUAAAUCUAAACGAAAAAAACUGAACAAUGACAAAUAAUGAACAACGUGCGUAAUAUUUUAAUUUUGAUAUUAAAAACAAGCAACGUACUCCUCAUUUGCAUGAAUGUUAUUGUUUCGCGCUUCUUUGGAAAUAAAAGCAUACGUAAUCUAUGAAUCGAAAAUUGAUGUGAGUAUGGCCAUUGUUUUAACGAACGCGAAGUUGGCAAGGAAAGACACCAUAUCGAGUAGCUAUAACAUUUUAAGGAUUAAUCCCAACUGUAUUAAAUAUAAUCAUAGAACCUCGAACUCUCGUACAGUUCAGUGAAUUCAAAAUUUACGGAGUUUACCGAAAAUCUAUAGUAUUGCUUUGGUUUCCGGUGACAAAGACAGCAUUUAUUUCAAAGCAAGUUUAGGCGUGAUAAACGAGAUUUAUUCGAAAGGGGUUAAAUUAGGCGGAAUAUAUAAUACUUGAAAAGUAGAAAACUAUUUCGAUUUUAAGGCAAAUCAAAAUACAUUCGAGCGAGUUUUUUAUAACCGAGUUCGAACGAAACUAUAUAGGCAUGUGAAUUAUAAAAUCAAAAUGCAAAAUAUACGUACAUGCCAACAUACCGAUGCAGACAAACAUAAAUAUUUAUUAUUGAUGUUCCACAAGAGAAGCGUUUGGUAAAUUCAAAGAAAAAUAGAAAAAUUCAUCUUGAACGAGCGUAUUAAAAAUGUAUACAAAUAAGCGUAUUUAUGUAUGUGUAAAAUAAAUGUAACUACAACUCUACGAGCAUUCUAAUCUGCAACUCGCACAGAGAUACAGAUACAGAUGCACCGGCAUCCCUGUGUUUAAAUGGAAUUUGUGUUUGAAUCAAAUUGAAAUCAAAUCGACAUGAAUAAACCGAAACCCAACUAAGGCAUUUCGAAACAGUGCUCCAUUUCAUUUCUGUGGACGUAAUCAAUC